AACACCGCUGGUUUACGUAUAUAGUAAAGCUCGUUAACUAAGCCCUCUACAAAAAAAAAAAGUUAUAAAACAACAACAACAAUAGACAACACACAGCGUUUGUCAUGCUGUAGCUGUUGCAAGCAAAAAGGAAAAACUCUGAAAAGAAAUCAAAACACAGACAUCCUGGCUGCGAGCGUUGAUCAAGGAAUUGAAAUACGACUAAUACAACAGAUAGUUAACUAAAAACUUGAAGAUGUCACCCAAAGACGGCGUCGGCAUUGACCCGCCGAAGCAUAACAAUAAAUAUACGCUUAGUCACCCCGCAAUGUCUACAGCGACGCAGUUGGGGCAGGAGAAGACAGCAGAUGGCAAGACAGCAGCGCCAACAGCUCAGCGCACCUGGCGCGAAAAGCUGCGACUGGUGGCCAACAACAUCACUGUGGAGCCCAUACUCGCCGCGUAUAUCAUGCCCAGCGUGCUCUCGAAUUUGGCCACACAGAAUCUGAACUUGGAGAAGGCGUGCCGGGUAAACAUGGCCUAUGGGGAUGAGAUCUGCGAUGCGCUAACUCGCCGUCAGACGGCCAACUAUACGAUGGAGGAGGAAACAGUGCAACAGAUGGUCGCUCGUAUGGCUGCAUGGAAGACGGUGAUUCAAUCGCUCUUUCCCUGCCUGCUGAUCCUGUUCUGGGGCUCCUGGAGCGAUCGGCAUCGGCGUCGCAAGCCCUGCAUUCUCAUACCAGUGGUGGGCGAAUUUCUCGGCGUUGUCGGCCUAAUGCUCUGUGUCUACUUCGAGAACGCACCAAUGGAGGCGGCCGCACUCACGGAGGCCAUAUUCCCAUCGCUCAGCGGUGGCUGGUUCACUAUGCUGAUGGGCGUCUUCAGCUACAUUGCGGACAUAACCACCGAGGAGGAGCGCACUCUGCGCAUUGGCAUACUCAACGUUUGCUUCUCAGUGGGCGUGCCCAUUGGAAUGGCCUUCAGUGGCGUGCUGCUCAAGCAAAUCGGCUUCUAUGGCGUGUUCUCCAUUUCGGCGGCUUUCUACGUGCUGGCCUUUGUCUAUGGAUUCUUCUUUCUGGAAGAGCCAGUGGCGCGACCGGAGAAGACGGCGCCUCAGAAGAGUCUGCUGGCAGACUUCUUUGACAAGGAGCAUGUGGUGCAGACCUUCCGUGUGGCCUUCAAAAAGGGCGAGAACCAGCGACGCCAGCGCGUCAUCCUCUUGAUGAUCGUGGUGAUGGUGAUCAUUGGGCCACUGCACGGCGAGAUGGCGGUCACGUAUCUGUUCACGCGCUUCCGUUUCAACUGGUCCGAGGUGGAGUUCAGCUUCUUCUCCACGUAUGCAAUGUUUACGGGUCUCAUCGGCGUCAUCUUCUGUGUGGGCAUACUUUCGCACAAGCUGGAGAUCGAUGAUGCUCUGGUUGGCGUGCUCUCCAGCACCUCCAAGAUACUGUCGUCGUUCGUCUAUGCUUUCGCCACGCUACCCUGGCACAUGUAUCUGGGCGGCCUGGUAGAGAUCUUCAAUGGCACGGCAUUCAUAGCCAUGCGCUCGAUAGCCACCAAGCUGGUGUCCAAGGACGAGCUGGGCAAGGUCAACUCACUGUUUGGCGUCGCCGAGGCACUCAUGCCCAUGGUCUUUGCACCCAUGUAUACGACGCUGUACGCUGCAACGCUCCGGGUGCUUCCGGGCGCCUUCUUUCUACUGGGCGGUGGUCUAACCAUGUUCUCCGUGGGCAUUUUCCUCUGGAUGUAUCGCUUCCAGGUGCGACAGCGUAGCAAAGGAAAUCACACGGAUACGGAACACGGCUCCGUGAGGGAAGCGAAUGGCAAUAUAAAUGCGAUCGAGGCGCUGGCGCUGGCCAGCGAGGCCAAGGGCCAGCUGAAUGGCAUCAUUGCCAAUGUGAUACACGAAUCCUUAGAGCAUGCGGAUGCUAAUCCCACGGCAGCGGCAGCAGCAGCAGCAGCAGCAGCAGCGCCGACACCAGCAGUGACGCGGCAAAAUGGCAUCGAAAAUCACGCCUUUGUCCAGGAUGCACUGGAUGCCAAGGUCAAGGAGGCUUAGAGAGGAGGCAGCAUGGGGCCAUCCGAUUCUCCCGUCUGUUAUAUAUGUAUAUGUGUGCAUAUGUAUGUCUAUGUGUGUGUGUGCAUAUAUGUGUGUAUGUAUUUGUUGUAUAAUUAUUCUGUACCUAUUUAUUAUGCUGGCCUGCAAGUCGAACUGCGAGCCCCAUUGAAACCGCCGCCAAGUGGCUCCAACUAGAUGGAGCAGGUCGCGUAUUAUCUGUACCUACGUAUCGUACGAUCUGUAAAUUGUUUAGCUCUAAGUUCCCAAAAAACAUGUUUUUUUUUUUUUGUAUUAUUGAUUGAAUUUGCUAUGCUAUGGUUCUU